UUACACCUACGGAAGGUACCAGGUUCUCAUUCCUUCCCGUGCCUGCUUUCACAUGACCCACUUAUCCAGGCACAAACACACUCACCUCCAUAGGUACUGCUUACUUGAACCCAAUUCUUUCCGACCACUGCAGCGCCGACCGUUGAUUCAACUCGACUAAUCAAUAAUCGCUCUCAUCAACCAUCUCCAACUCGCGAUAGACACGCAUUCAUACCCUGCAAUGGCUGCUUCCCAAAUCGGUCAUGGCCAGAUUGGCAAGAUCAUCGAAGACAUGGAAGAACUCCUACCUUCGGAAACUAUCGAUAGGGCAGACUAUCGGCGAUGUCGCACAACCUACGGCCUUUUAUCCACGGCAUACAAGCGCGCGAACCAUUCCAAUGAACCAGAGAAAGAUUACAAAGAGUUGCAGAAACUUGAGAAGACUUUACGUGACCGUCUAUCUAACCUUGACCCUGCCAGAGGUCUUCCGCGCAAAUUCCAGGAUCCACUCGACAAUCUCAAAGCGGGUAUUGACGGUGCUCUCGAGAUGGGCGUAACUGUCGAAUUCCUUAUCGAAGGUCUCAAAGAUAUCUUGAACGAAAAGCCAGAUGCCACACCUGCGCCAAAGGCCGAGCUGACUAGGCUAGUACCUGAGAGGCGUCUCCAGAGGUAUUUGGAAGAGCUUCGCAUCGAGAAGGACAAGAACCGCAAACUCAAUGAAGAGAACAACCGUCUUAUCCUGGAGCUCAAACAAUACAAGAUGCGAGAAGAUGCGAUCUCGAGUUGGCCGCCUCUCACCCAGAGUAAUAGACACGGCGGGCAGGCGCCUACUUAGGUAUCGAAGGAGUCCAAAGUCUUGCGUGUCCAGUCUUGAGCACGCCGUUUAUGCUGCAGCUCGCUGAGAGUGAGCCCCGGUCCGAUAAAUUCUUCGUUGGUAAGGAGAACAAGAGGAUAGGAAGGAGUUCUGUCAUGCGUAGAGUAGGACAGCAUCUUGUCAUAGUCCUGAUACUUGGGCAGGCAGGUGGACUGUAUGACUAUCUCACGAGAUUCAAAUUUCCACAAAUUGGCUGUCAGAGUCCUCGAAUUAUCCCAUCGCAUGGCGACG